AGUGCGGCUGAGAUUUUUUCACACACCUUUUCCAGGCAGGUAGUAAGAUUUUACGCAUGGUUUUUAAACAAAAGCUCUUUCAGCACAUUAAGUGUUUGAAGCUGGAUUAAUUGCUGAAAGCUGUGGAGAAGCAGAAGACUGUAGUACGCACGCAGUCGUUUCUCCGCUGUGUGUGUGUGUGUGUGUGUGUGUGUGUGUGUGUGUGUAUGUGUGUCCGUCAGUAGGGGGCGCCUGUCCCCUCGCGAAAAGCGCCGGUGACGUCACGGCCCCUCUCUCUCGCAACUCGCAGCGCAACAGAGUAUCGGAGCGAGCGCGAGACGCGGAGAGAGAGCAUGGGGCGCGCGGAUCGGCUGGAAUAAGAAACAUUUCCCAACACUUUCAUAAACUUUCUCAACUCGGCCGACAGAUAUGGAUACCAUCAUUUUGAGCAUAUUACUCCUGCAUACGGCGUUUGGAAGAGCAGGAGCCCAGUACAUUCCCGCUCAAAUGGGACACGCGGAGAAAGGCGGCUGCACCUUCGAUGAUGGCCCAGCACAAUGCGACUACCAGCAGGAUCCUUACGAUGACUUCGACUGGACACACGUCAGCGCUCAAGAAGUGCCGUACCUGCCCUCUGACCUGCCCCAGGGCUCGUACAUGAUGGUGGACACCUCGCAGCACGAUUACGGAGAAAAGGCUCGCCUGCAGCUGCCCGUGAUGAAAGAAAACGACACUCACUGCAUCGACUUCAACUAUCUCCUGUACUGCCCCGACGGCUCCAGCCCCGGGACGCUCAACAUCCUGGUGAAGGUCAAUAAAGGGCUGGCCAAUCCCAUCUGGAACGUCACUUCCUGCACAGGCAAAGGCUGGAUGAAGGCGGAGCUUGCUGUCAGCACUUUUUGGCCCAAUGAGUAUCAGGUCAUAUUCGAGGCAGAGGUGACCAACGGCAGAAGAGGGUUCAUUGCCAUUGAUGACAUCCAGGUGCUCAGUUACCCCUGCGAUAAAUCACCUCACUUCCUGCGUUUGGGGGAUGUGGAGGUGAAUGCCGGACAGAACGCCACGUUCCAGUGCAUCGCCACUGUCCGUGAUGCUGUCAACAACAAACUCUGGCUGCAGCAGCGUAACGGAGAGGACAUUCCAGUGGCGGAGAAGAAGAACAUCAACCACAGGAAGUUUGCAGCCUCUUUCCGACUGAGAGAAGUGACCAGUCAGGACCAAGAUCUGUACCGCUGCGUCACCCAAUCAGAGAGAGGAUCCGGCGUCUCCAACUUUGCUGGACUCAUCGUCAGAGAGCCCCCGAGACCCAUCGCUCCACCUCAGCUGCUGGGCGUCGGGCCCACAUACCUGCUAAUCCAGCUAAACGCCAACUCCAUAUUCGGGGAUGGCCCCAUCAUCCUGAAGGAGGUGGAGUACAGGAUGACAUCUGGAAGCUGGACAGAGACCCACGCCGUCAACUCGCCCAAUUACAAGCUGUGGCACCUGGAUCCCGACACGGAGUAUGAGAUCCGAGUGCUGCUGACCCGUCCGGGAGAGGGGGGAACCGGACAGCCCGGGCCGGCUCUCAUCACCAGAACCAAGUGUGCAGAACCCAUGCGGACGCAUGGGGGUCUGAGGAUUGUGGAGAUGGAGGAGAGGUUGGUCGCCGUGGACUGGGAGUCGCUGGGCUACAACAUCACCCGCUGCCACACCUUCAACGUCACCAUCUGCUACCACUACCACAAAACCAACCAGAGCAAAGCUGACUGCCUGGAGAUGGACCCCAAAGCCCCCCGACACGUGGUGGGCAACCUGCCGCCCAACACCAACGUCAGCCUGAAGAUGAUCCUCACCAACCCUGAGGGACGCAAAGAGAGCGACGAGACCGUGAUCCAGACCGAGGAGGAUGUGCCCGGUCCGGUUCCCAAGGAGUUUGUGAGAGCGACUCCGUCAGAGGAUAGGAUCUCACUGCAGUGGAAAGAGCCUCUGGAGCCCAACGGCAUUAUAACCCAGUAUGAGAUCAGCUACAGUAGCGUGCAUUCGUUCGACCCGUCAGUGCCGUUGCUGCGGCCGCCUGUUCUGGUGUCGUUACCGUGGAACACGUCGCGCCACAACUUCACACAGCUGCAUCCUGGAACCACCUACCAGUUCCUGAUCCGGGCCAGUACCAGCAAGGGAUACGGACCCCCAACCACACUCAACGUCACCACCAACAUAUCAGCACCUACUCUAGAGGAGUACGAUGGGUCGGAGGCGUCCCUGAACGAGACGGCCACUACCAUCACCGUCCUGCUGAAACCUGCCCAGGCUAAAGGAGCUCCUAUCAGCUCCUAUCAGAUCGUUGUGAGGGAGAUCAACCCGCACCGUGUGCGGCGGGAGGCCAGCGGCGUGGAGUGUUACCGUGAGCCGGUCUCCUAUCAGAACGCCGCCAGCGCCGGGCUGCCGUAUUACUUCGCAGCCGAGCUCCCGCCCAGAAAUCUGCCAGAACCGCUGCCAUUUACUGUGGGAGACAACAAGACGUACCACGGCUACUGGAACGCCCCCCUCGCGCCCCGCAAAAACUACAACAUCUACUUUCAGGCGGUCAGCAGCGUGGAGAAGGAAAGUAAAACACAGUGUCUGAAACUGGCUUUUAAAGGGGCCACAGAGGAGCCGGAAGUGAUUCCAGACCCGGCCAAACAGACCGACCAAGUGGUGAAAAUUGCCGGCAUCAGCGCUGCUGUGCUGGUCUUCAUUCUCCUGGUGCUCGUGGCCAUCCUGCUGGUGAAGAAAAGGAGGAGCUACUAUUCGUACUCAUAUUACCUGAAGCUCGCCAAGAAGCGCAAGGACGCCAUCGGAAACACCCGUCAGGAGAUGACGCACAUGGUCAACUCCAUGGAUCGCAGUUAUGCAGACCAGAGCACUCUGCACGCUGAGGAGCCCAUGUCCGUCACCUUCAUGGACUCGCACAACUUCAGCAACCGCUACGAGAACCACACGGCGGCGGCCGAGAACAGCAGACUGCUGGACAUCCCACGCUACCACUGCGAGGGCACCGAGUCGCCCUAUCAGACCGGACAGCUCCAUCCUGCCAUACGGGUGGCCGACCUGCUGCAGCACAUCAACCUGAUGAAGACCUCCGACAGUUACGGCUUCAAAGAGGAGUAUGAGAGCUUCUUUGAGGGUCAGUCUGCUUCCUGGGACGCAGCAAAGAAAGAGCAAAAUCGAACGAAGAAUCGAUACGGGAACAUCAUUGCAUACGAUCAUUCUCGAGUGAUCCUGCAGCCAAUGGAAGACGACCCGUCCUCUGACUACAUAAAUGCCAACUACAUUGAUGGAUACCAGAGGCCCAGCCAUUACAUCGCAACUCAAGGUCCUGUCCACGAGACGGUGUACGACUUCUGGAGGAUGAUCUGGCAGGAGCAAUCGGCUUGUAUCGUCAUAACCAACCUAGUGGAGGUGGGCCGGGUGAAGUGCUAUAAAUACUGGCCAGAUGAUGCUGAAGUGUAUGGAGAUUUCAAAGUGACGUUUGUGGAGGUCGAGCCGCUCGCAGAAUACGUUGUCAGGACUUUCACUCUGGAGAGGAGGGGUUUUAAUGAGGUGCGAGAGGUAAAGCAGUUUCACUUCACUGGCUGGCCCGAUCAUGGAGUCCCGUAUCACGCUACAGGACUGUUGUCAUUCAUCCGACGGGUCAAGAUGUCCAACCCUCCCACCGCUGGGCCUAUCGUCGUCCACUGCAGUGCGGGAGCCGGCCGGACAGGAUGUUACAUUGUGAUUGACAUCAUGCUGGACAUGGCAGAGAGAGAAGGGGUGGUGGACAUCUACAACUGCGUCAAAGCUCUGCGCUCCAGAAGAAUCAACAUGGUUCAGACUGAGGAGCAGUACAUUUUCAUCCACGAUGCCAUCCUGGAGGCGUGUUUGUGUGGCGAGACGGCGAUUCCCAUGUGCGAGUUCAAAGCCGCGUACUACGACAUGAUCCGCAUCGACUCUCAGAGCAAUUCCUGUCACCUCAAAGACGAGUUCCAGACGCUGAACUCAGUGACUCCUCAGCCUCAGCCUGAAGACUGCAGCAUUGCACUCCUCCCUCGAAAUCACGACAAGAACCGCUUCAUGGACAACCUCCCGCCCGACCGCUGCCUGCCCUUCCUCAUCACCAUCGACGGAGAGAGCAGCAACUACAUCAAUGCAGCGCUCAUGGAUAGCUACAGGCAGCCGGCCGCGUUCAUCGUGACCCAGCAUCCGUUACCCAACACCGUCAAGGACUUCUGGAGGCUGGUGUAUGAUUAUGGAUGCACCUCCAUCGUCAUGCUAAACGAGAUCGACUUGGCUCAGGGUUGUCCUCAGUACUGGCCGGAGGAGGGAAUGCUAAGAUACGGUCCUGUACAGGUGGACUGCAUAUCCUGCUCUAUGGACUGUGAUGUCAUUAGUCGUCUCUUCAGGAUAUGCAACCUGACCAGGCCUCAGGAGGGUUACCUGAUGGUCCGUCAGUUCCAGUACCUGGGAUGGGCGGGUCAUAGGGAGGUUCCCGCCUCCAAGCGCUCGUUCCUCAAGCUGAUCCUCCAGGUGGAUAAAUGGCAGGAGGAAUGUGAGGAAGGCGAUGGACGCACUAUUAUACACUGCCUGAACGGGGGCGGCCGCAGUGGGAUGUUCUGUGCCAUCAGUAUUGUGUGUGAGAUGAUAAAGCGGCAGAAUGUGGUAGACGUCUUUCAUGCUGUGAAGAGUCUGAGGAACAGCAAGCCCAAUAUGGUGGACAGCCCGGAGCAGUACCGCUUCUGCUACGAUCUGGCUCUGGAGUACCUCGAGACGUCGUAAUGGAGAUGUCAUCUCAUACAGACUCGCGUGUGUGUGUGUGUGUGUGUGUCUGAGCAGCACACACUCGGCUUAUUUUACAUGUGACACGGGGUGUGAGUGCCGUGUAAAUGUCUCCAUUCGUGCAUAUGUGUUGACUUUCAUGAGAUUCAAGUGCCGGCCACCUGGUCGAGGUCAUGUUUUUUGUUUUUUCUAUGAUUUCGUGCAGCCAUUUGAAACACUAAGCCCGAGCUGUUGCAUGCUGAAGAUGUUCUUUAUUUCUUUGUGUCUAUCACUGUUCCUGUUAAUAAACAUAUAUAUAGUAGUACUCGUGUAAAUGGACAUUGUUUCGAAAGGGAAAAAAACAAACAAACGCGUUCGUCUAUCGAUCGAGAGCGUGAGACUUUGGCUCGAGAAGACUGCAUUCCUCACUAAUGGCUGGCUUAUUAUGUGUUCUUUUGUUUUUUGGUAGCAGACGAUGACCAUAAGCCAAAGACUUGUGUAAAAAUGUCUAUAGGGAUGAAGCACAUUGUUUGUAUUUAUUGUUUACUUGCAUUUUUGAAAGCUCAAAACAAUCAUUAUCAGUCCCCAUUCAGCCGAAAUUUUCACUGCAAAUGCUCUUUGUAGAUUUUUAUGUAUGAGAGAUUUAAGUAGUGUUUUUUUUUUUUUGUAUUUGAAAAUUGUAUUUCAGUUUGCUUUUGAAAUCUUUUACAUGCUAUCGUGGUUUGUUUUACGUAACUGAUUGUGAAUUAUUCCUUUGCUGAGGAGAAAAGAGAAGAGCUCUAUUUUUUCUGAUGUUUUCACAUUUGUAUUGUGCUGGAAAUGAAAAAAGAAAAAAAAAAAACGCAAACAAUGAAGUGUAUGCAUUCAAAAUAUAUACAGUAUUAGACUCUAGUGUAUUUAGGAUCAAAGCCAAUUUAAGAAGAAAGAUGCAGAUGCAGUAUUGAUGCUGAUCAGACCUUUUAUAGAAAGCAAACAAAAAUUUGUUCAUCAUGUGAAAUAAUAAGUUAUGUAUUUUUUGUCUGUAGUUGUUGGCUUUAUGGCUGUAUUACGAUGUCAAAUAGUAAAAAUACUUUGAAUAAAAAAAAGAUAUGUUAA